AUGGCUGACUCCUUCCAACUGUACGACCUGCGCGUCGAGGUGAUCUGCCCCGUGGGGAAGCGCAUCCUGUGCGGUGCAAAGCAGGGCGACUACUUCACCCUCAAGGGCGAAAUGAUGCAUCUCCCGGAGGGCCAGGGAAUCAGUAUAUACAGCCUGGCAUCGGUCCUCCCUCUUCUGGCUUGCAAGCAGCGUAUGACCCAUGAGCAUGACUGGAUGACCACCGAUUCGAUCAUUGCGUGCCCUGAUCCAAACUGUCCGUCGCAGUUGAGGAUUACCAGGACGGGGAUCACCGAGUUCAGGCACUCGGAGACUACGGCGGUGCCUCUAACGACCUGA